AUGUCGGCUCUUCGAUCGUGGUUUCGCGGCCAGUCCGCUACCACGAAUUCCAAGGCCCCCGUGAAAGCCACCAGUCCUGGCAGAAGCCCAACUGCCAGCACGUCAACCAUCAAUGACAAACCGAAGCCUACUAUUUCGGCCGAAGAGCAAGAAGCCCGAGACAUUGAAGAUGCGAUGAACGCCGCCGGACUUAUCAUGAACGACGACAUCGAGGGGGCAGAAGCUUUACUUCGUCUGCGCCAGGACUCGUUCCACCAGCUUGGGAUGGGCAUGACGACCUUCAUGAAGAGCAUCCUCGGUUUCGAGAAGGACAUGAUGACCGAAGCGGCGAACCGGCUGGCGCAAGCGGAGAAUAAAGCGUGGAACGACAUGAAGAAGGCACAGAAAGAAGCAGAAAACGGGAGCAGGAUAUAUCCUCCCGGCGCUGAGUUUGCUCUCGUCAAUGCUGAGGCGCAAUUGAUGAACGCCGUGGUGGGUGUCAUGCAUGAGAGCCUGACUGAGGCCAUCAAGGGAUUUUACAAGCUGCGGAAGGCCUAUGUCACGCUGGACGGCAUCGUGCAGGCAGAGGAGCGAUAUUUGGAGUCGAUAGGACACGGGAGAGCAACGAAGGUACCGUCUCCGAGAAGGACCAGCUUUUCAGAAGACCCAAUGCCUGGGAGCUUUGACGAGUCCGAGUUUGCCGACCUUGAGGAGGAACAGAGGUUCCCGGUCAACGAGAAAGCAGGCAGUGACGGCCUUCCUGUGGAGGCGGUCAAAGGCGUCUCUCAAAGUCAGAUGACCGGUAGUCAAAAGCCUACGGUACAAGAUACAGAAGUUCUCAAGGAAAAGCUGAGCGGUCUUGCUGUCACAGCGCACAUGCAGACGCCUUCCCAGUCGCGGCCUUCCUCCAAAGGCCACUCGACAGCCGGAACACAAACUCCUGGCAACGCCGUGCUGGAGCAGCUCAACACAUCCGGUACCGACAAAGCCCACUUCAAAUCCACCGUCGACAUCUUUGUGCACAGUGGAGCAAAUAUGUGCUUUGGCAUUCUUCUGCUCCUCCUCUCCAUGGUCCCUCCGGCCUUUUCCCGCCUCCUGUACGUCAUUGGUUUCAAAGGCGACCGCGACAGGGGCCUGAAGAUGCUAUGGCAGUCGACAAAGUUUCCCAACAUCAACGGCACCAUGUCUGCCCUGGUCCUCCUCAACUAUUACAACACAUUCCUCGGCAUGGCCGACAUCCUGCCGCCCGAGGACGACGUCUCCGAUGCCGCAGGCAGUGAUUCAGACGACAGCGCAGGCGAUGCCGAGCUCGUCAGCUACCCUAAGGCAAAGUGCGCCGCCCUGCUCGCCGCCAUGCGCGAGCGGUACCCGGAUUCGCGGCUCUGGAGGCUCGAGGAGGCGCGCGUGCUGGCCAACUCGCGGCGGCUCGACGACGCCAUCGCGGCGCUGUCGGCCAACAUGGACAGCAAGAUGCGGCAGAUCCAGGCGCUCAACAACUUUGAGCUGAGCAUGAGCUCCAUGUACGUGCUGGACUGGCCCCUGAUGCGCGACAAUUUCCUGCGCUGCGUCGAGCUCAACAACUGGAGCCACGCGCUGUACUACUACAUUGCCGGCUGCGCCGAGCUCGAGAUGUACCGCGACGCGUUCCACGCCGCGGCCGCCCUGUCUCCCGAAGGCGAUGGGGAUCGGGAGCGGGAGAGAGGGGUGCUCCAGACCGAGGCGCAAAGGCACAAGAAGACAGCCGAGGAAUACCUGCGCAAGGCACCCACGGUCGCGGGCAAGAAGCGCUUCAUGGCGCGGCAGCUGCCGUUUGAGGUGUUUGUGGGCCGCAAGCUGCAGAAGUGGGAGGAUCGCGCCAAGACGGUCGGCGUCGAUCUCGCGGAUGCCGUGGCGGUCAGCCCGGCAGUGGAGAUGAUUUACCUUUGGAACGGCAGCAAGCGGAUGGGGAUCAAGUAUCUGGAGAAGGCGAGGGAACUGCUGGCGUGGGAACGGUGCACGGCGCCGGCGGAAAAGCUGGCCAAGCUCAAGGAGGAGACGGACGAGGUGGCUAUUGCCAAACUGGCGGAAUCGGCUCUGUUGCGAAACCUGGGCAAGGGCGCCGAGGCGAAGGCCUUGGUCGAGCCCUUGCUAACCAUGGACAAGAUGCUGUUUAAAGGCACCACAAAAGAUGACUACUGCCAAGCUGCCGGGCACUACGAGAUGGCCGCGGUUGCGUGGAUGGCUGUCUGCGACGCGGACUCUUGGCCAAAGGGCGCGGCUGAGGAGGUGGAAGCCUUCCGGAGACAGAAGGCGGACGAGUGCUGGCAGUACCUGGACAAGGUCUCCAAGUGGGAGAGCUUCGUGCUGGAUGCCCGGUUUGGUAUGAGGGUCAAGACCGGCAUGGAGACGGUUGAGUGGCUGAGGGCCAAAAAGGGGUGGGCAUGA